AUGGAGUGCUGCCCCAGUGGACUGCUCGGCUGGUGCGGCCAUGCUCCGAUCUCAGAGAGCUUGCGUCGGUCGCUGGGAUGUGACGAGUCCUCUGAGCCGGGCCUGGUGCCGCGCUUCCAGGAGCUGAGAGACGAGAGCUCGCCAGCACAAGACCCAGCAGCUCUCAACGAACUCCAAGCACGGGCUCUAGCCGACAUGCGACGGCAAGUUCAGCCUUCUGCAUCAUCCACAGAAGACAAAGAGCUUCUGCGGUUUCUGGUUGCAAGGAAAUGGCAAGUGGAUGCAGCCGUGGACCAGUUUCAGGCCAUGCUCAAAUGGCGAAAAGAUCAUCAUGUAGAUCGGGUUCGUGGCAAUGCUUUGGGGCCUUUUGGGCCAGAGGCGGCUUCGGAAGCUGCACAGGACGGUCGUCUUGGCCGGCAAGGUGUGGAGAUGUUCCCGCAGCUCAGGCUGGUGGAGCCUACGCUGAAGGAAGGCGCUCUCCUCUUUCAUGGCCAGACCCUAGCCUUCGGCUUCGACAAGAAGGGCCAGCCCGUCCAGAUCCAGAACGGUGGACUCGCAGGAUGGCGCUUCGCAGGAAUGCUCCAGCUCAUUGGCGGAAGCGAGAAGGUCUUGGCCAGCUUGGUCCGCAUGCACGAGUUACAGGCAGCCCGCAUGGAAGAGGCAUCCAGGAGGCAUGGGCGCCCAAUCACAAAGCAGGUCGUGAUUACGAAUGCUGAUGGAAUGCCGCUUCGUCCACACCCACUGGCCGUGGCUGCUUUCAAGGAUUUUCUUGUUGUAAGCUCUCGCUACUAUCCGGAAUCGUUGGCAGUUCUGUUUGUAAUCAACGCUCCUCCAGUAUUCGUUGCGCUCUACCGACUGAUCAAGACCUGGCUGGACCCCGUGACGGCAUCGAAGAUCCAGGUUCUUGGAAGAAACUUUCAAGCAGUGCUGCUUGAGCACAUUGAUGCAGACCAGCUUCCUCGCGAUUUUGGUGGCACCGUGGACUUCGACAUUCUGGGCAACACCUGGAGCCAAGAGGACUGCGAUCGGUGCAUCGCCAGAUGCAGACAGGCACUCCAACACAACGUACGUGAGCGCCGGCCUGCGGAAGCAAGUAAGUGCCCUGCGGGUUCGGACAAACCUUGGCCUCGAAUUCAGCAGCUGUUCGUGGUCAGCAUGGUUCUCCUGAUUGCCUUGUACGGCCUGCCGUAA